GAAGGAAGUUAUUAUUCUAGAGAGGCAGCCCAAGCAAACAGUGGUUGGACAUGUUCAGAAAUGCAGUUGAGCGCGAGUAGAAGAGGAGGAUGGAGUGGAGACACUGGAUGGAGUGAGGAGGAUUACUGCUCCUGCCAGAACAGUGCAGACGAAUUGGAAACUGUUGAACACCCAGAUACAUGGUACAGGUACAAUGGAGGUGAGACAAGUCAUUCAUCACAUAGCAGCUCUGAACACCUAUCCCUACUGUUUGGAAACCAUGGUUCCCCAUCCAGCUCAUCCAGUGUUGUAGAUUGGAGGCAUCCUAAGAAUCAAACUAUCAGUGACAUUGGCUGCGACUGUACAUCAAAUUGCAUGUACUCACGGAGUUCUGGAUACCACACCAUGGAUGCAUAUGCUGAUGAAUCCUGUAGUGGGCCUUCUCGAAGCCUUAGUUGUUCAACAGUUGGAAUGACAGACUAUGAUGACGGUUGCCCAAAUCUACUCUCUUCUUGUGAGCAUUGCCUCUGUGAUGUGGAUUCAGAGAAAGGCUGGUCAGAAGGGGCUUGCACAGAUAUGUAUGACCCAGAUUACUCUGAAAAUACAGACACUGAAGAUUCACAGCCAUCUAAUCUAGGAUAUGAUGUUGUAAAGAUAAGUAAAGCCAUGCUAACUUUCCACUCCGCUUUAAGGGGAGCCUUGACCAAGCUUGACACACCUGAAUAUCAGUGUCUAGAUGAGGACACUAAGUCUGCAGUCCCAAGUCCAUGCAAAUCCAAUGACCUUGAGGAGGAUAGCACCACAUUCAGUGAAUCAAACGUGGACAUUGUUGAACCUUCUGAAGGUGCAAUUUUAGAUCUCAGUGUGUCUCCUCAAAAAGGCAUUGAAGAUUCAUUCCAUGGUAAAGACUUCCAGGAAUUACUAAACCGGCAACGUAAUUCUCAAGCCUUUGAUCCUCUACUAUCGACUCCAAGUACGAUUUCCCCUUCACAUACUCCAAAUGAACACUAUGCAUUGGACCACUUCGAUAAUGUAGAGGAACCUCUAUCAGAUCAGAAACUGCAGUGUACUCCAGAGCUUAGCUCAAAACAGUUGGAUUUGAGUUCAGGGAAUGUUGAUUUUUGUGCUCAACAAAUGGCAUUUGGCUCAGGUAAUAUUAACAUAAGUCCAGAGGGCACCAGUUUAGGAACACUGGAGACAGAUGUUAAUGGAAAACAGGCGGAGCAUAGUCUUGACAAUGAACCUUCCCUUGAAGACCCUCACCACCAGAAGUGCCUUGCCAAUAUUCAACGUGUGCUCAAAGAGAAGAGACAUCGACAUAGAUUGUCCAGGAUUGCCAAUGCCUCAAAGAACACUUUCUCUGAGGAGGAAUUUAAACAAGAGGGAAGCAGGGAAGAUGACCAGGGAAAAGAAAAUGGAGAUAAUUCAAGACAUGCUUGGAUCAAAGCUGGAAAUGGGAGUGGAAUAUUUGGGAUUGACAGUAUGCCAGACCUUCGUAAGAAAAAAGCUAUUCCUCUGGUUAGCGAUGUGUCUCUGGUCCAAGCCAGGAAGGCUGGCAUUGCAUCUGCGAUGGCCUCACGCUCCUCCAUAAAAGAUGAGGAACUGAAGAACCAUGUAUAUAAGAAAACACUGCAAGCUUUAAUCUACCCCAUUUCUUGUACAACACCUCACAACUUUGAGAUAUGGACGGCCACAACACCCACCUACUGUUAUGAGUGUGAGGGGCUUCUAUGGGGUAUUGCACGUCAGGGCAUGCGCUGCACAGAGUGCGGGGUCAAAUGUCACGAGAAGUGUCAGGAGCUGCUGAAUGCAGAUUGCCUACAGCGCGCGGCUGAAAAGAGCUCCAAACAUGGUGCCGAGGACCGCACUCAGAACAUCAUUAUGGCCAUGAAGGAUCGCAUGAAGAUCCGUGAGAGAAACAAGCCUGAGAUCUUUGAGGUCAUCCGAGAUGUAUUUGUGGUCAGCAAGGCUAUCCAUGCUCAGCAGAUGAAGACCAUCAAGCAGAGCGUCCUGGAUGGAACUUCUAAGUGGUCAGCCAAGAUCACUAUCACAGUUGUCUGUGCUCAAGGACUGCAGGCUAAAGAUAAGACCGGCUCCAGUGACCCCUACGUGACUGUCCAGGUGGGUAAAACCAAAAAGAGAACCAAGACGAUCUACGGCAACCUCAAUCCUGUCUGGGAGGAAAAGUUUCAUUUUGAGUGCCACAACUCCUCUGAUCGCAUCAAAGUUCGUGUUUGGGAUGAAGAUGAUGACAUAAAGUCACGAGUGAAGCAGCGCUUGAAAAGGGAGUCUGAUGACUUCCUGGGCCAAAGCAUCAUUGAGGUUCGCACACUGAGUGGAGAAAUGGACGUGUGGUACAACCUUGACAAGCGUACGGACAAAUCUGCUGUAUCUGGAGCCAUUCGCAUGCACAUCAGUGUGGAGAUCAAAGGAGAGGAAACCGUAGCUCCGUACCAUGUCCAAUACACUUGCUUGCACGAGAACCUUUUCCACUAUCUAACGGACAUCCAGAACAACGGGGUGGUGAAGAUACCAGAUGCCAAGGGUGACGAUGCAUGGAAGGUCUACUUUGAAGAGACACCCCAAGAAAUCGUAGACGAGUUUGCCAUGCGUUACGGAGUGGAGUCCAUUUAUCAAGCCAUGACGCACUUCGCCUGUUUGUCAUCAAAGUACAUGUGUCCCGGAGUGCCCGCGGUCAUGAGCACCCUACUGGCCAACAUCAACGCUUACUACGCUCACACAACCCAGGCCACCAACAACGUGUCAGCCUCGGACCGCUUCGCUGCCUCCAACUUUGGGAAAGAGCGGUUCGUCAAGCUUCUGGACCAGCUUCACAACUCCCUGAGGAUUGACCUCUCUAUGUACAGGAAUAAUUUCCCAGCUAGCAGUCCUGAGAGACUGCAGGACCUCAAGUCUACUGUGGAUCUACUAACCAGUAUCACAUUCUUCAGGAUGAAGGUCCAGGAGCUCCAGAGUCCUCCUCGUGCCAGCCAGGUAGUGAAGGACUGUGUGAAGGCUUGCCUCAACUCUACCUACGAAUACAUUUUCAACAAUUGCCACGAGCUAUAUAGUCGAGAAUACCAAACGGACCCGGAGUGUAUUCCGGAAGAUCAGGGCCCAAGCAUCAAGAAUUUAGAUUUCUGGCCCAAACUCAUUACUCUAAUAGUGUCCAUCAUUGAGGAGGACCGUAACUCCUAUACACCUGUUCUAAACCAGUUUCCUCAGGAGCUGAAUGUGGGAAAGUUGAGUGCGGAGGUCAUGUGGAAUCAGUUCUCUCAAGAUAUGAAGUAUGCCAUGGAAGAACAUGAAAAACACCGGCUGUGUAAGAGCGCAGACUACAUGAACCUGCACUUCAAGGUCAAAUGGCUGUAUAAUGAAUAUGUGAAGGAUCUGCCAGCUUUCAAGGGUGUUGUGCCCGAAUACCCCGUGUGGUUCCAGCAGUUUGUGCUGCAGUGGCUGGAUGAGAACGAGGAUGUAUCCAUGGAGUUCAUGCAUGGAGCCCUGGAGAGAGAUAAAAAAGAUGGAUUCCAGCAGACGUCAGAGCAUGCUCUCUUCUCCUGUUCAGUGGUGGACGUCUUCACCCAGCUCAACCAGAGCUUUGAAAUCAUCAAGAAAUUGGAGUGUCCUGACCCCAAAGUCAUGGCCCUCUACAGCCGUCGGUUUGCCAAGACUAUUGACAAAGUUUUGCUACAGUACAGUGCCAUUUUGAAGAAGAGCUUCCCGUCCUAUUGUGAUAAGGAGAAGAUUCCAUGCGUCUUGAUGAAUAAUGUCCAGCAGUUGCGUGUUCAGCUUGAGAAGAUGUUUGAAUCUAUGGGUGCCAAACAGUUAGACACAGAGGCCAGUGACAUCCUGAAUGAUCUCCAGGUCAAGCUGAACAACGUUUUGGAUGAGCUGAGCAGCACCUUUGGAAACACUUUCCAAAGCCGCAUUGAUGACUGCAUGCGUCAGAUGGCCAGUCUGCUGUACCAGAUCAAGGGUCCUGUGAACGCCAACAACCGUAACCAGGUGGAGGCCGACUCUGAUAACAUGCUGCGGCCACUGAUGGACUUCCUUGAUGCAAAUCUGAUGCUAUUUGCCUCGGUGUGUGAGAAAACCGUGUUGAAGCGAGUGCUGAAGGAGCUGUGGAGAAUUGUGAUGAACAGUCUUGAGAAGACCAUCAUCCUUCCUCAGGGCAAUGACACCUUUGGAAUGAUCUUUUCAGCAGCCAAAGAAUUGGGUCAGCUCUCUAAACUCAAGGAUCACAUGUCUGGUGAAGCUAAAAGCUUGACGCCCAAGCAGUGUGCUGUCAUGGAUGUCGCCCUUGAUACCAUAAAGCAAUAUUUCCAUGCUGGAGGAAACGGACUGAAGAAGGUGUUCUUGGAGAAGAGUCCUGAACUGUCCUCUCUGAGACACGCACUGUCCCUCUAUACACAAACCACCGACACACUUAUCAAGACGUUUGUCACUACUCAGCAUGCUCAAGGCUCAGGAGUUGAUAAACCAGUAGGGGAAGUAUCCAUACAGAUUGACCUCUUCACUCACCCAGGCACAGGAGAACAUAAAGUUACGGUUAAAGUUGUGGCGGCUAAUGAUCUGAAGUGGCAGACGUCUGGGAUGUUCCGGCCGUUUGUGGAGGUCACCAUGAUUGGCCCUCAUCUCAGCGACAAAAAGCGCAAGUUCACCACCAAAUCAAAAAACAACAGCUGGGCACCCAAAUUCAAUGAGACCUUCCAUUUUAUUCUUGGGAAUGAGGAUGGGCCAGAGUGUUAUGAGCUGCAGGUGUGUGUGAAGGACUACUGCUUUGGCCGUGCAGACCGUGUGGUUGGUAUUGCAGUUAUACAGCUGCGUGAUGUUGCGCCGAAGGCCAGCUGUGCCUGCUGGUGUCCUCUUGGCCCACGGAUACACAUUGAUGACACGGGCCUUACCGUCAUGCGCAUCCUCUCCCAGCGCUCAGGUGAUGAGGUUGCUAAAGAGUUUGUUAAACUCAAGUCUGACACACGCUCGGCCGAGGAGGGGAGGUGAGGAUGUUUCUACAGCGGAAGACAAUCUCAGACUCUUAAGUGUUGGACGGACAUUAACACUGUCACCUUUUUGUAUCCACACCAAUGUUUUUGCUGCCCACUUACGUCCACAGAGAAGGGCUUUUAGGGACACGAGAAGCCAUGUGACAUGUUUCAUAAAGAGCACUGUUAGUAUGGCAGUGGAUGAGAGGGAGUCAUCCAGAAGAAAGAUUGAACACAAUAUCUAUUCAAUUUAUUGAUAUAAAAAACACACACUCAUAUCCAGCCGCUAAUAAACUAGCAAGGGUAGACUAGUCAGGGUAGAUACCAGUAGUGAGGGAUAGGCAUACAGGUUGCAUUGGGCCAGAAUUUUGUCUAAUAUUUUUUUGACCAUUGGGUAUUUAUUUAUUUAUUUAUUUAUUUACAAAUGGAUCAAUCUCAUGGAAACAUUUAGCUAAAAAAUUAAAUAAUGAAUAAAUAUAAAAUAUAAUUACAUUUUACAUUAAAUAUAA